UGUAACAUGGCGAAUGCCACAUGUUCUUGGUAAACAUCUCCUGCGUUUUAUAAAACUGUAAUUUUCUAAAUUUAACUUCACUAUGGAGUCUGCCACAAACUCGACGACUGAUGCGAUUGCUACUAUGGACUGUGAUGGAAACACAGAGGUGUUUGAGAAAGUAAAAUCAAAGAAGACACAGAAACGUAAGCGGGAUGCGAGUGAAGUGUAUAUGGAGUCGGACACAGUAGCACCAAAGAGACCGCAGUUCCCACCCAUAUCAGGAGACCUACUCAAGGGAGGUGCAGACGAAAUGCGGAAAGUGCCUGUGCCUGCUCACCGUUACACACCCUUAAAAGAAAACUGGCUGAAAAUCUUCACCCCCAUAGUAGAAAACCUGCAGCUUCAAGUUCGUUUUAAUCUCAAAACAAGAAAUGUCGAAAUUAAAACAUGCAAAGAAACACAAGAUAUUGGUGCCCUCACCAAAGCUUCAGAUUUUGUGAAGGCCUUUGUGUUAGGAUUUCAGGUUGAAGAUGCACUGGCACUGAUCAGAUUAGAUGAACUGUUUUUGGAAACAUUUGAUGUCACCGAUGUUAAACCGUUAAAAGGAGAUCACUUAUCCAGAGCUGUCGGCAGGAUAGCUGGCAAAGGAGGCAAAACAAAAUUCACUAUUGAGAACGUGACGAAAACCAGGAUUGUGCUGGCAGACACGAAGAUUCAUAUAUUGGGAUCUUUCCAGAAUAUCAAAAUGGCACGGACGGCAAUAUGCAACCUCAUUCUCGGGAGCCCACCAUCAAAAGUAUAUGGCAACAUUCGGGCUGUGGCGAGCCGUGCAGCCGAGAGGUUCUAACACAUGAAGAUCUACAAAAAUGCACCGCUCUUGGACUUUUCCCUAAUUACUGCUAUUGAUAUACAAAGUUGGUGCCACAUUGGCAUGAACUGUGUCUAUGAAUUUUAUGGUGCUCAAUUUGAGCACCAUUGGACUGCUAUUGUUUGACCAAUUCCUCAAAUCGAUGGAUAUUCACAGAGCUUUAAAAAAAACACACCAUGGAAAUAAAGCAAUGUCAAGUUUAAAAUGUUUAUUGUUUCCUUAAAGUAUCAAGUAGUCCAUAUAUCCCACGGUAGUUAAUAUGAUUCAGCAUGCAGAAUUUCAAAACUGACAUGUAAUAAUGUGUCCUCAUAUGAGAUCCCAUUUCAUUCACUAAAAGAAGACAAAAGUUGCAGAUAAAGUAAUUUUUCUUAUUAAAGCACGAACACCUUAAUUUUAAAGAUAUGUAUUUACAAAACAAAGGGCUAAAUGAUGUGACCUGAAUUUGUUAUGUGGCUUGACUAUGACAUGUGCCACUUGUGAGAAAAUGAAAAAAAUAAAAUAAAUCGAUGUAUUUAAAUCGUGUUUGCCUGAUUUAAAUUUGGCAACGUGUGUAAUGUAUUUGACAUUUUUUUGAUAUUGGAUAUAAAUUUCACAGCUUAAGUGUAAACAAUUGGAAUAGGUUGAACUGAUAAACAUGCAGAAAGCAACUAAUCCAUCAAGCAUGCACACCAUAAGUGAUCUUGUGGUUAAAGAUGCAUUGAUAUGCAGAUAUCAGUGUAAAAAGACAGAAACUGAAUUAACGCUCAUAGCCAUUGGUUUGGUUAAGCUGCUCCUGUCAUCCAUGUAAACAUUCAGUAAAUUAAUUUUAUAGUUGUAAUAAGCUGUAGUCCCAUUGAAAUUAUUGUACUUGUUACACCAAUUUUUACAAGCUUUUAGAUACUUUAAAGCUAAUAUUAAUAUAUAUUAAUCAACUGCAUUGUGAACCAACUGUAAUACGUACAUUUACCAAAGCUAAAUGGUCUCCCACUGCAUUAACAUAUAAAUAUAUAGUGGGCCCCAAAAAUGAAUUGGACACUUUAAGCCACAUCAAAGCAAGUGUCAUUUUUAAGGAAAGAUAGCACUAGCACACUUUUUGGUAGAUGAUUGAAAUGAAGGCAACAUGUUUCUGGACACUUUUUGUUGUCAAAUGUUAGCAGAACAUGUCCAUAGAUGUGAUAAGCUAGCUAUUUGGUCACGCUGCUGAACACCUGUGUGGACUUCAGAGGAACUGAGUUAAUACAUUCACUUAAAAGGAUCAUGUGACCAACUGGUUUAAGGACAUUGCAAAAAUUGUCCAGAAAAGGAGUUGGUUCUAAUCCCAUGCCUACCCCGGAAGCGCUUUUUUGACACGUAAACGUUCUGAAGGAAGAAGAAUCUGUAUCAUACUUUUAUUUUCUUCAGAAAUCCACUGGACUGAACAUUUACUUAUUAUAGAAUUAUUAUUACUAUGUUUUUGCUGCAAACACAGCACAAAUAUGGUUUGAACCCAAAAAAAAACCUGAAACAUCACAAGCUGGCUGUAAGACGUUUAUUAAAUAAGUAACGAAUGAAAUUAAUAGCAAAACGAGUCAUGUAUGAUAUUUGGCAAGUAAAAUAAUUGUAUUUUUAGAUGGAAGGGAUAAUAAAGUAGCUGGAGUUGAUCUGUGGCAGAUGACGCUUCCAGUGUGAACGAUUUGCUUUUGUCACAACGUGUCGCUCGUGUCCGGUGUUAAAAACACUUCAUAAUUUGGUUGCAGAUGCCACUUGCUUCGAUGUUUAGUUUCUAAUGCAAUGACAUUCAUACAUCUUUAAGUGUGACUUAAGUAUCCAAAUACCUUUUGGGGCCCCUGUAUGUGCUGUUCUUGGGCUUGUCAGAAUUGUAUGUUUCUUAUGAAGUGCUUAUAAAUUAAACCAGUUAUAUUUUUCUUGGUACCAGUUUCUACCAGACUGUCUGAAUGAAUCUGUUGCACUCUCCAACAAUAAACACAUUUAUACAUAAACGUUAUAUCACAAUUAAUACAAAAACAAGUAUUAAAGAUGGUUAGAUGCUAGAAUCCAAAAUGCUAGAAUGAUAGAAAUAGUGUAUAUCACAAAGUGUAACGGAAUACGUUAAAAUUAACCUUGCAUCUUUUCAUGCAAUCAAAUGAGUUCACUUGAAUUUAAUGGUGGUAGACUUUUUUUCUAACUGCGUGUUCUGCUUGGCACGUCAUACCUUACUUACACUUUAUAUUACGCCUAUUUUUUCUUUAAAAAAGAUGAAAACAAAAUAAAUAUAAAAAAGAAGCAUUGAAAAAAAAAAUGAAAUAUGAACAAGCCAAAACUCUUUCCUCUUUCACUGAGAUGCUCUAUCAUUGUCCAUAAGCCCAUGCGGUGCUACACUGGGUUAUUGAGCAGAUUUGAGUUCAAUAACAUUUACACGUCGGCAUCACAAGGCUUCUAUUGAAAAAAUUGGCUUGGUAAAUACUUCCUUUGAAAUACACAGAGAGCA